AUGGUAACAAAUGCCCCCAUCCCACCCCGGCGUGAGUGUGGGGGCUUAACCAGGGAUUGGUUCAAAGGCCCCGAUAUUCCCCGGGGUGUCCUUUCAAUCGAAACCACGUGUCCUGACAGCUGGGUGGCCUACGAAGGAUCCUGUUACUUCUUCCAUCAUGCGCUACAAGAUUUCACAGAGGCACAGAAGCACGCGGUGAUCGGCCGGAAUGACGUGAAGAAUUGGAAGGCGGUUCCAGAGGUAGUGGACACCCUGAAUAGAUGCGAGAUGCACGCCGGGGAGCCGCUGAAGCUGGUAUGUGGUGACCAUGACCAGCUGUGCUGUCAUUUGUGCGUCGCAGUGGACCACAGACAAUGCUCAAAUAUCCAACACAUUCCUGAUGUAGCAAAAGGUAUUCAGAGAAAUAUAGAGUUUCAACAAAUUCCAAAUAAGAUUGUUGAACUUCAAAAGCAGCUCGAAAAUAUGAAAGAUGCACGAAUGCAAAAUUCGACCACCCUGAAAAAGACGCGGGACGCUAUUUCUGAUGAAAUUAAAACCAUACGUCAAAAGAUAAACGAACUUCUCGACAACAUUGAGGUGACAACUUUACAGGACUUGGACGGAAUGAUAGCUAAACUUGAAAAUAGCAUAAAGAAAGAUAUUGAAACUUGUGAUAAAAUUACUACCGAACUGCAAAACAUGAUUGCCGUUUUUCAAACCAAAGCAAAAUCAAGCGAGUCAAAAUCAUAUAUUGCAUACAGAAAGAGCAAAGAUAUGAUUUCACAAGCAAACGAUCAUCUUCAUAGCAUAUCAAAUAUUUGGUGUCACAAUGUUAUUUUUCAAGGCAAUAACCUUAUAGAAAAACUUUUAUUACCAAUAAAGACAUUUGGAGCGAUUGGAAAACAAACUGUAAUGGCCAUUUCUGAUCCAAACCAUGUUUUCCGUAUUGAAGAGUACAAUGAGUACAACGUGCAGAUAAGUGACAACGAAUACCAAUGUGAUAUCCGUGGCAUAUGUGAAAUGCCUAAUGAAGAUCUUGUCAUAGCUGAUUUUGGUAAUUGUAAAGUGAAACUUCUGGACAAAGAGUACAGGGUGGUCGACCACCGUGUUGUCCCGGGGCAACCAUGCGAUGUGUAUCACAUUGGUGGAAAUGAAGUGGUCGUUUGUGUUAACAGUGAAAUUUAUUUCAUUUAUGUAGUAAAAUCGCAACUCGUCAAUUCAAGGGAGUUAAGCUUCAGCCAUGGAUGUUAUGCCGCAGCGCAUCAUUAUGGCCAGCUUUACGUCUCCUCCGGUAACGCAUUGUACGUCUACACGAUGUCGGGACAGAAGGUGAAGAAGCUGUACGAAGACAAGUCUGGGAAUGACACGGUGAAGAAAUGUGCGAUCAGUAACGACGGGAAGAAAAUCUUCAUCACAAACUUCAAUCAUCAUUAA